CUGUUUUUGUUCCGGGGGUGAGAUACAACUUCCACAUCUAUGGAUCUGUGGCUAAUAGCGCCUGCUUACUGGAGAAGAAGACUGGUUAUCUCAGAGAGCUACCUCCUCUGCUUGAUCCUAUUGUGGAAAAAGUUGAACUGAGUUUCAAUGCAGUAACACUGUCUUGGGAUUCUUAUCCCACAAAUGAGUCACAGACUGGUUUUGUAAGAGGCUACCAUGUUUAUGUAUCGCCUGUACAAGAGGAGUGUAGUUUGAAAGGAUCCCAAAAACAUGUUCUUCCAGAUGAUUCAGUGCUAUGUAAAUACACAAUUGAAAACCCAGAAGAAAAGAGAUUCACCGUGAAACACCUACUGUCAAACACAAAAUACAAACUGGUGGUGAAAGCAUAUACAGGUGGAGGAGAGACUCCCAUUGUUAACUUUAUGUACAUAGAUACACCGUUUAACUCAAACAUGCUGUACCUUCUAGUCCUGGUAGUGAUAGUUCCAUCACUAGCAGCAGCUAUAUGCCUCUGGAAAAUGAAGUGGGUGAAGGAGUGCUGCUGUCCUGUAAUACCUACUCCUAACAAGAGCAAAGUACUAUCAUUCAAAGAGUUUAAGAUCGGUUCUGAGAAAGUAUUGAAAAUAAGCGACGGCGUUCCCGACGUACUAUCAGUGGACUAUAAGGCUGAAGCCCAGAAAUUACAUCCAUGGAACCACUUGUCUUCAACACCAACAGCAGAUAAGAUUGAUUGUUAUAAGCCUUCCUGGAUUUACCCUAAUGGAAAUGAAGUGAGAGACUCGACACCCACACCUACACCUCAGACUCAUACUUGGUUUGAAAAUUUUGCUUAUUCUUCUCAUCUUGCAGUUGAAUCCGAUCCCUGUCCAAUACCAGAGACACUAGAAGCAAGUAAGUCAGAACUGUCGGUAGUGCUGUACCAGCCACACUACUACUUUGAUAUUUUUAAUGAAGAUGCUGCUUCAACACCCAGAGAAACAGCUGUCAGAAAGAGCAACCUGAGAUACAUUUCACAAGCAGAUGUGCACUGCCUGGGGAGGAGGCUUUGA